AUGCAUGAUAGGAAUUUUAGUUGGAUAAUAGCACGUCUAGGCCGCCGAAUGGGCUAGUGGCCUCGUGUGUCAACAACGUUCGUUCCAACUCUAAGUGUCAAUGAUCUUUAGAGAAUGCCCAGAGGUUUUAAUUCUCUUACCUGGAAAUAAUUCUUAAUGUACCAAUUGUUUUAGGGGUGUGUAGGCGUUUGUUUCACAAGAAUUGUGUUAUUUUUCUGUGGACCAUUUGAUAUGAAAAUAUUUUUGGACGGCUUAACAAUGUUGUAUGUUUUACGGAGUUUUCCACAAUUUGAGAAACGUAUGGAAACGAGGCUCGUGAAUGUUGACAAGGUGAUAUAUUUUAUGUACUCGGUAGCAAAGGAUGCUCGUAAAGAUUUCCAAAGAAGCUCCAGAUAGAUUUCUCGCAUGAAUAGCAAUGACAGUAAUAAGAGUUUGAACUUCGUAGUUGGCUGCUCGUUGCCAAGUGCACCAGUUCUGCAUCACCAUCAGAUCCUCUAUUCAUUCAUGUGAGCAUCCUCGGAUGCUGCGGUAGUUGGAUUACUUGGGUAAUGAAGCUGUUACAGGAAUUCCUGCAUUUCCCGUGUAAUCAAGUCUACGUUCCUCGUCAGUACACCCAAAUCAACGUUAACUGGUUAGAACGGGGAACAGCGCCUAUUUUUCGAGACCCGUAGAAGACAAGAUGCACUUCGAAGUGCAAUGUCUCGAAAUGAGGAUAUUACGAGGGCGAUGCCCUAAUCAACUGUGCCUCACGCUCUGUUCGCUUGACAAAUUAGUGUCGAUGAUGGAGCAGUGCAGGCUGUGAGUAAGGAAAACCUAGGGCAGUUAGUUGGAGGGAAGCAGAGGGGUAGAGCAAUGCAUAGUGUGCAGCCCAAGUGGACGGGGUGGAAGUGGGAGAACGCGGUUGCGGGCGGGGUCGCAGGGUUGGCCCCUGUGGUGGCGCUCUACCCGUUCGACAUCGUACGCACUCGGUUUCAAGUUCACGACGGACGGCAUUCGGGCGUACCCUCGUACAGGAACACGCUUCAUGCUUUGUACACUAUCAGGCGCGUGGAGGGGUUGCGAGGGCUGUAUGCAGGUCUUUUACCGGCGCUUCUUGGAUCCAGCUUGUCGUGGAGCCUUUACUUCUUUCUCUAUGGUAGCAUAAAAGAACGAAACCAGCGGCUGUUUGAGCGGGAUGAGCUCGGACCUUUGUUGCAUUUGCUAUCCGGCGCCGAAGCUGGUUCAACAGCGACUGUAAUUACGAAUCCAGUCUGGGUGGUGAAGACGCGCCUACAGCUCCAAGCUCCAGGCCAUGGUGCUCGUAAGCCGUACGCGAGCUUCUCUGAUGCUUUCCGCAGCAUUCUGAGAGAGGAAGGGCUGCGUGGUCUGUACAAGGGGCUUGGUCCGGGUCUUAUUCUCGUCUCUCAUGGAGCCUUGCAAUUCAUGGCCUAUGAGGAAGGACGGAAAUUCUUGAUUUCGCACCGUAGUAAGAGAGCGCCAGGGCAGCCUUUCGAAAUUUCCACUAAAGAGCAGCUUGUGACUUCGCGAGAUUUUGCGAUUUUGGGAGGGUCAUCGAAGCUUUUCGCAGUGAUGGCGACUUACCCCAUCCAGGUAGUGCGUUCGCGACUUCAGCAACGGCCAAGUAAAGAUGGGGUGUCCAGAUAUGUGAAUACCUGGUAUACUUUCAAGACCACAAUGCGAUAUGAGGGCUUCCGAGGUCUGUAUAAGGGAAUUGUUCCACACCUGUUACGGGUCGUGCCCUCCUCGUCACUUCAAUUUCUUGUCUACGAGUCUAUAUUGAAAUUCCUCAAUUGAAAAUCAAGAAAUUGACGAGCCUGGAUCGAUUCAAGGCAAGCAGCAUGAAUGCAUUGCGUCAUGUUUGAUCCUUCAUGAAUUAUGUCCGAAGUGUAGCCAGGUGGCAUGAAAUUUCGAUUCCACCCCCUGGUAAUAGCUACUUCUCUUUCAGUCAGAUUAUCAUGUUGCACAACAACCCCAAUUUUAGCAUAGAAAAUGCGUAAGCAAAGAAAUGCUCGUCAGGAGACGUGCAAAAGGACAGGUUGGGAGGUUCUUAUAUUUGAUGAGGUUUUGAACGUUAUAUAUCCGGUGCUACGUCACUAAAUCUUGUGAUUUUAAUUGAGCACCAUUAGAAUACAGUCAGUCGAAGGAGGGAAAUAGCUUGGUAGCCGCGGAAGAUGUCUGAAAUUGCAGUUUUUGCGAGACGCUUCGUCGUGUUCAUGAUUUUAUGUUCGAGAAGAGUUUCAGGUUUUUACUGAAGUCUCAGGGCUCUUGCUAACUGUGCCCAUAUUGAUCCUUCUUUGCUCAUGUACCUCGCUGAUUCGCACCGAGCUCAUGUAGGUCCUGUCAACAUGGUAUUAAUACUAGUGUUUUUAAAGGCA